UUCCCGUAAACGUCUCGGCCUAUUUAACAGACAAUAUACUUUGAUGAGUUAUUACAUAUAUUCAUUAAUUAUUACUGUAUGGCAACGACUGGCAAGAGAUUUAGCGCGGCGACUUCGGUGAUUAUAAGAAAAUGACGUUUUAAACCUCCAUCUAUUAUAACGUUUUGGAUCGAGUUUGUAAAGAAAAAAGAACAGAGCGACUCUUGAGGAUGAAUCAGACACAGUCUGACAGCCUCGUCCCCAAGGAAGGACCAGCAACGGAUAAAGAGCCCUUGCAGAGGAGCACACCUGAGCAGGAUGCUUUGGGAUAUUUUGAACAUUCUUUAAAGGGCAGAGAAGAAACUGAAGAGCAAGUGGAGUGCAGCGUUGGUGAGGCCAAGUGUCCAAUCACCACAGAGAGCGACAGAGAUGUUACCGCAGCCCUGCUGCCCUCAGGGGGAUCUCAGAGCCACCCCUACGCUGGAAGGGUGUCCGUUAGAGAAACCAACCAACAAGAGGAACAAGAGCCCUGCGUGGAGCAAGGGUCUAGUGAAUACAGAUUGCCAUCGAUGAAUGAGCCCUGCGUGGAGCAAGGGUCUAGUGAAUACAGAUUGCCAUCGAUGAAUGAGCCCUGCGUGGAGCAAGGGUCUAGUGAAUACAGAUUGCCAUCGAUGAAUGAGCCCUGUGUGGAGCAAGGGUCUAGUGAAUACAGAGAGCCAUCGAUGAAUGUUCACAACAAACUCUUCAGCAGCCUUCUCCCCUCCUCCUCGGCACAUCCCUGGAACCUGGGAACCAGUGCCAGCGAAGACCUUCCGCAUUUCAAUAUUCCCAAACCUGAUAUCCAUCUUUCCCAAAGCUGGAAUCCACCUUCUAUCAAAUCCAGUUUACCUUUGCUUCUCAAAAACCCAGAAGACAGUGAUGGUGAAUUGGAGAAUUAUCAGCAAUGCCACGAGCCAGGAUUAGUGGAUUCAAUGUUUCAAACGACAAACUUGAGCAGCCAGUGUGAGACGAUUUGUGUAUCACCUUCUGCUCUUUAUGUGAGAGUAUAUGAGGACCCAGUUAAUUUUUCCAAGAUGGGUACAGUAGAACGUGAAUUCCUUGACAAAGAUACUUACAAGAACCAGAAAGUCAGCCAGUACUAUGAUUCUGAUGUUAACAAAGAGGAAGAGCCUGAAGAACAACUAAAAGAACUGGAGUCAGGCCAUUCUGUGACAGGGGACGGAAAAGAUGCAGCCCCUUCAGUUCUCAGCCAGGAGACACCUCCAGAUAUCCCUCAACUAGAACCCACAGCAGUUGAAGAAGUUGUGCCUCGCACAAGUAAACUCUACCGACACCAAAGGGAACAUUUAACAGCUGAUCUUCAUCCAGUCGACACAGAUCAAGAUGAUGGGGUAUAUGAAGAGUGGCCUCGAGAUGUCGUUGAGCUGGACUUAUGUAUUUCAAACCAGUGUGUGGACCGCGGUGGUGGCAGUGAUGAAGAUUCACAGGCUGGUGAAAAAGCACACCAGGGAGUUGCAGAAGAAGGAAGCAGUAAAGCAGAGGAGGAAGCUGCAAAAGCCCCAAGGACUGAGGGUGAAAGCAAUGAGAACGCAUCCCCCAGGGUUGACCAAGACAGGGACCCCCUGCUCCAAGACGUUGGAGGCAGAAAGACAGCCUGGCACUCAGAACGUGGAGUUAGAGAGAGCCAAAGGGUUUCCUCUUCUGAGCCCUUCCUCAGGCAAUCGGUUGAAGAUGUUUAUGGGCAAAUCAUCAGGAAGUGUGGGGGCCUUUUCUUGGAUAUGCUGAGGGGAGUUUACCUGGCAACCUAUUCAAAGGACCAGUGCCGGUUCUACCUGCUGGAUUCUGGACUGGUUCUGUCCGAGGCAAGGGGGGAGAAGCGGUCUGACAAAGUCCUGGUCACAAUGAGAGACAACGUGAAAUUAGCUCUAACUCCAACAAGGUGCAGCGACUAUGAAUAUCCAAUAUAUUUCAUCAAACAACUGGAUGAUCACUGGUUCAGAGCCAUCGACAAGGUUACACAAGAAGUGAUGUUAGUGAAAAGGGUUUUAGUGACUUCUAAUUGGAGGAAAACCCUGGAGAACUUCCUGUUCCUCCAACCCCACCCCUUCAUCUUACUUCCUUACGCCGUUGUGUACGACAGGAAGGGAUUCAUCUACUAUAUCAUGCAGGAUCGGGACAUUAAAGAGUUUGGAGUGCAGCUUACAGACAGCUCCUUGAACAGAAAUGAUGUCUUUAAGCAAAGCCUGCAGUUCCUCAGGUUCUGUAAGGACUACCAGCUUCAGCCACAGGAUCUCCGCAGCAGCCUGCUCUGUACAUCCCAGGCAUGUCACCAUCUCCAAAGUUAAAACAGUUUGUUAAGAAUAAUCCUUUAUUCAAUGUCCUUUACCUUUUGUCUUACAGUGAGCCAAAUGAGUAAAGGAUUGCAAUUCCUGGUGAAAAUAUGUAAGCUAAAAUGCCUUUGCACAAAGACUAGUUUUUAUUUUUCACACAGAUUUACUGUGUUCAUUGAUCUUGUCUGCAGGGUGUGUACUUUGACCCCACGACCCUUGGAAAUAUGGAGGACUUGUGUUCGUUUAAAAAGACUCUGAGAGAGGCUGUCCAAGGAGUUUUUCAGGACCCUGCGCUGGAGGAGUGUGUUUGUGAGCGGGUGUGGAGGGGUGUGGAGGGGGAGGACUGCAGCCCAGCAGGCUUCAGGGACUACGAGGCUGACCUCUCCGACCACUGUACAACAGGACACACACACGCCUGGGAAAGCUUUAGCAAAUGAAAUAAGCAAUGAACUCUGAAACUGGGUGCUGUGGUUUCCUCUUGAGCAACAUAUAGCCUUAGAAAAAAAUGCUGUAUACUUAAACAGUAUUCUUACCAUGGACUGCAGUGAAACCCCACUCAGCAUUGUGUGGCAUUCAGAACGAGGGGUUAAUGUGAACAGACAGUCCAUUGUUCUGCUAUUGUUACGGUAAUGUUCUAUCUAUUUUAUUGGCUGUACUGAUAUUCUUAAUUCUACUCAGUUUAUUAGGGACAUAUGAAGGCAGGAGUUGCUGUUUAUUUUGCUUUUGACCAGCAGGUGGAGCGAGCGAGAGAGAGAGAGAGAGAGAGCGAGAGAGAGGAAUCAGAGCUCUGAUGGCUGAAGUUUUUAUUCUGGUGUUUGAGGAUUGUUACAUUCAUCCAGCGUUGCUCUCUAUACAUUAUUGGCACUUAAAUCAGAGAAGUAAUGAGCAACACCUUAGUGACAGUGAUUGCUUUUCCACUCACCUACAGUAUUAAUGGGAAUACAGUCAAUAGGUUUGUGCCUCCUUUUGUUAUCAUUGUUUCUGAUAAGGUUUCCCUGUAUCUGUAGUAAAAUCAUUUUUACUUACAUCUUUAAGUUAGUUUUGAAAUAUGAAGAUAACAACUUAUUAAUCUAAUUUUAUUAUUAAACAUUUCAGCAUACAAAAAGCCUUGUUACGUGAAAACUGCCAUGUAAGGCUCAGGCUAUGCUAAUAAAUUUGAAUUAGGUGACCCACUCAC